AUGUUCAUCCUUGCCGUAAAUCACAAUGACUCAUCCGAUGACUCAAAUUGCGACGGCAACAACAUUAAUGCUACACCCUUCUCAACGUCAAUUAAGGCAAUGUGUGAUGCCACAUUGUACCCUAACUCAUGUAUAUACUCCCUUUCUUCUGUGGCCAACUCGACCGAAUUCGACCCGGUCAAGCUCUUCAAUCUUACACCACAAGUUGCAAUCAACGCCGUUGCUAAUUGCAACGAGCUCAUUGAGCUAGCGAUAGAUCACAUAAACGAUUGUGUAACAUCUUCCAUCGAUUUCAGCAGCGAGGAGCUCGUCAACGAAAUCAAGACGUGGCUAAGCUCAGCAAUUACAAACCAGCAAACUUGCAUCGAUGGAUUCAACAAAUCGACCGUGUUAAUCAGGAACUCGACCGAGUUUACCAGACGAAACAGGAAAGUGCAAGACGAUAAAGGCGGCGUUGAAGGCGGUGCUGGGAAGAGCAAUAAGAGGACGGUGAUAUAUGUGAAGAAAUGGGUGUACUAUGAGAAUGUCAGGGUUAAGACGAAAAAGUGGAAUGUCUUGAUUACUGGCGAUGGAAAGAAUAUGACGGUGGUUUCUGGUAGACCAAAUACUGUCGAUGGCACUCCGACCUUCUCCACUGCAACAUUUGGAACUAGUAGAAAACAUGGUAUUGACGACGAGUAUUGGUGA